AUGGCUUCUAUAAAUAUUGAAUCAUAUAUAGAAAAUGAAAUAUUAGUCAUUACUAAAGAUAGUAGAAUAUUUACGGGGAAAUUAAAAGGGUUUGAUCAAACAACAAAUAUAAUACUAGGAAAUUGUUAUGAAAGGAUAUACAAAGAUUCGUUGGAAAAAAUAAGCUUAGGAAUAUAUAUUAUAAGAGGAGAUAAUGUAACACUAAUAGGGGAAAUAGACGAAGAGGUGGAUAGAAAUAUACUUCAAAAUAAAAUUAAGCCCGAAAUGCUCAAACCAAUAAUAUACUAA